AGAAAAAUGGGCGGAGGGUCGAGAAGGGACCUCAUGCAUGAUUGCAUUUGCUUGGAUAAACAGAGAGGACAAUGGUUCAGUUAGGGAUAUGUAGAGUUAUACAUUCACUUGCAAUUUGACCAGCAGCUCAGCAGUACAGUUCAUUGAUUGCACACUGGUCUCUUGAGUGAGAAGUCACAGAGUUCUGAGUGAUGGGGUCAUAUCCAGCUCUGGCAUUCCUCCUGCUUUUUUCAGCUACUCUGUCCUCCAGAUGCGACGGUGGAAAGGUUCUGGUGUACCCUAUAGACGGGAGCCACUGGCUUAACAUGAAAAUCCUGGUGGAGGCACUUCAUUCACGGGGCCAUCAGAUCACUGUACUACGUUCCUCCACCAGCUGGUACGUUUCGGAAUUCUCAUUCCAUUACACCUCCAUCACCAUCAUCCAGGAACAGAUCCAAAACCUAGAGAGCCAAGACUUCAUGACAUCUUUCUUGAAGAAGUCAAUAGAGAUCCGUCGGAAUAAAGGCACACUAUGGGGAUUUGUGGAGUUUUAUAGAAACCUUUUCAACAUGAUGGAGGAGAACCAGAAAGUUGUGGCAAAACUGAUUGUCAGCGUCUUUGAGAAUAAGACACUAAUUAAGGAGCUGAAGGAAACUGAAUAUGACCUUUUUCUGACUGACCCGGCGUUUCCAGGCGGAGUGCUGUUGGCACACUAUCUCCAGCUCCCCAUGGUUUUCAAUGUGCGCUGGCUUUUCAAUGGCGAGGCCCACUUCGCCAUCGCUCCUUCUCCUCUUUCCUAUGUUCCUCAGUUGUUUACUGACUCUGACAAGAUGGACUUUUAACCACGAAUUGAUAAUAUAAUUCACCAUAGUAUAUUGGUUUAUAUGUACUACUUUGUCUCAAAUCCACCUUACCAGGCUGUGUGUGAUCAUUAUUUUGGACCUGACGUCAGCGUCAUGUCUCUCAUGCAGGGAGCUGAUCUCUGGCUAAUGCGGGUUGACUUUAUAUUCGAGUUUCCUCGUCCCAGCAUGCCUAAUGUUGUCUACAUUGGGGGCUUCCAGGGUAAGCCCUCCAAGCCUCUUUCAUCAGAUUUAGAGGCAUUUGUGCAGAGUUCUGGUGAACAUGGGGUGGUUGUCAUGACUCUGGGGACCCUGCUGAGCGACCUCGGCCCUGAGAUAUCGGAGAUCAUCGCCUCAGCAUUUGCCAACCUCCCUCAGAAGGUGGUGUGGAGACACAUUGGGAAAAGACCAAUCACUCUGGGAAACAACACCAUGUUGGUUGAAUGGCUGCCUCAAAACGAUAUACUAGGUCACCAUAAAACCAAAGUUUUUGUCACGCAUGGGGGUACAAAUGGAAUUUACGAGGCCAUCUACCAUGGUGUCCCAGUUCUGGGCAUUCCUCUCAUCUUUGACCAGUAUGACAACAUGGUGCGUCUGAAGUCCCGCGGAGUGGCUGAGAUUGUUGAAGUGACCACUUUGGAUGUUAAAUCUCUGACAAGUGCCCUAAAGAAUAUUCUAGACCAAGAGAAGCCAUACAAACAGAAUAUGCUCAAACUGUCACAGCUUCAUCAUGACAAACCAAUGAAACCCAAAGACAGCGCCAUUUUCUGGAUGGAGUUCGUCAUGAGGCACAAGGGCGCAGCGCAUCUGCGCACUGAGUCAUAUAAGUUGCCAUGGCUACUUCCCAUUUGUUCAACAUUGUUUAUUCCAAAAGAGCACCAACAGGACAUGUUGGCCCUCAUAGUUGGAAUGGAUGAGGUUGCUUCAUUUGACAGCCAUUACGUUACAGCAAGGAGGACGAUCUGCAAAAUUCUGUGCCCGCCCGGCUGAUCUGCUCCGACACAUUAUGACAGUGUGUGUCUGACAUAUAAAAAUCAAGACAGACAGGCAAUGCCAAAACAAGCCUCUUCUCCAUUUUCUACAGUGCUUUUCGGAGAAGUUAAAGACGGCCAUACAAAAAAAAAAAUGACUUGAGGCUGCUGUGCCUUUUUUCUAGGUUUCUGCAUGCAUACGCUCUCUCCUCAUUGAAAAUAACUGAAAAAAGACACUGGUGCUCAGAAAGAAAAUGUUAUAUGGAUACAGGUCCAAAAUGGGAAAGUGUUGAACGUUCUAAUUCUAUAAUAGCUUUUAAGUUUUCAAACGAUUGGCACUAUUCUCGACUGAACUGUCUUUUUUAGCACAAAAAAAAAAAAUCCUUUGCAUAUUUUAUAUAAUGUAUAGUGAUUUAAGUGGGUCAUGAAUUGGGUCAUAUGUUGUUUUUCCCCCUUUCUGGUCACUAAUUAUCAUUAGUAUGUAUGUUGCAAUGCCUGUGAAAAGACAUAAAAAUGAAAAAAGGCGUCGAUUGAUGAAAAUAUCGAUCAUCUGUAAUUUGUGGCACAUCUGAAAAGCUCGUUGGAGUCGUCGUCUGCACUUUGUUGAUUGUUUAUUUGUUGUCUACUGUUGUUGCUUGUUAUGUCUGAUGUCCGUUGCACCACCCACCACGCUAAGUGCCUUGUAGGUGUAAACCUACUUGGCUAUUAAAAGUUUCUGAUUCUGACAUACGGUACAGUCAUUUGAUGAUGACGACCUUGUAACUCUUCCUCUUUUAUGUGUGAACAGAGGGAAAGAAACCGUGUGAGUGGGUGCACGUCAGCAUCAGGGUUUUAGUUUAAACGUCAAACAGUAUUUUAUAAGCUGUUAUAAGUCAACUCUUAAUAAACCAAAUCCAAGACAAUA